AGCCCUAUAUUUUGUUUUUUAUUUGACCAUGAUGGACAACUUCCUGAAAGACAAAUGUACUAAUCAGGAUGAGGCAGGUUAUGCUGAGACAAUUAAGGUAACCCUGUGCUCUGGAGAAGGGAACUGAGAUGUGUGUGAUUAGUUCACAGUCCUCCAACCGUCUUCCAACUCCUGGACCCACUUGGGGUUGAGCCGAGCCGCCACCCUCCAAAGAACGUUGACUUACGUUCUUUCAGGUCACAUCACAACCAGCUCUGGAACCUUGAAGACUGUGGCUAGGGCAACCUCGGACUCAGGCAUCUCUUGUGAGGCUUGCCUCUGCUGUGUUGGUUGAGUGGUUAAGGCCUGGUGUCUUAACGGUGACUAGGACGAUCCGUCCGAUUUCGAAAUUCUGUGUUUUUAGCUGGUUACUGUGCCCUGGCGAGACCCUUUUAAGGAAGUGGUCCUAGAACUCCACGGGGUUUCCCACAGUGGACCUUGGUGAACUGCCAACAUUUGUUUAUCCACCAAUCGGUUCCCGACGUUGCCAGCUCAAUUGACUUCAUCUCUGACUUACCCUGACAUCCAAAGUCAACUCUGUUUAUACAAAGAAAAGCUAUUCUGAGCUCUUCUUCCCGUGGCCUGAUAGGUUUCCGAUCUUGAACCAACUUGCGGCUUAUACAUUUACUGAAAUAAGUGAUUCUCCGGGCGUCAGAGUACCGCACCCAGCAAAGACAAUCCGGGCAGUGAUUCCAUGUGGAAACCUAAACAGUGUGGGAUGGAGAUGAAGCCUGAAGCUUCUGGACAGGGUCGAAAAAGGAAAAAGCAGGAUGAAGUUUGGAGAGAGAUGGUGCCUGAAGCUUUGGGACAAGGUGUAAAACCGAAAUACCAAGAUGAAGGUGGAACGGAUCUGGAGUUCGAACAGCCCAGAAAGGCUCGGAAGAGGGUAUCUCAGGAACAGCGAGAUCUAGAGCUUCUGAGUGAACAACUGAGCAAGGAUCAGAUACAGAAACGUGGGGAAGAGAAUCCAGGACAACUAAAGCCCCCAGAGCGGGGCAAAGGUCCACAGGAGCAGGCUGCAACUGGGAGAAAGUCUGCUGUUGGUGGCAAGGGUCGCAAGCGGCCCUAUUGUGUCAUGGAAGAAUACGACCAACCCCACCAAAGGGAAAAAUACCAAAAGUUACUGCAGGACCUUCAACAAAGUGAUCAUGUGAACUCUGACCCACACAGGGCUCAGACAACCCUUAUGGAUACCUUGAAGAUCAAAGGUUGUGUGGAAGGGCACAGUCGUGGAUCCAGAACAACUCAGCGUGAUCCCAAACGAUCUACUGUUGUUGCUGCAACAGAAUGUCUCUCACCAGACAAAAGAGAAAAGCUGUGUUCUGAGAAAUCUUCUGAUACACAGAAGAAAGAUGGAGUGAACCUUGAAGGAAGAAGGGAACACCACGGGGAGCCUGACUUAUUAGGAGCACAGGCUCAAAUUUUCCUGCACAAGAUGCCAGUAUUUACAGCAAAGAAAAAGCCUGCUGCAGAGCAACAAAAGGGCAGAGGAAUGGAGGAAGUCCUUGAUGUUACAGAGGACAUGGAAAAGGAAAUUAAGAACGCACUGGGUCCAGGGCCCCAAGAGGAAAUCUUGAGUAGAGCAUUCAAAUUGCAAAUUACUCGAGGCGAUAUCCAGACACUAGAGAAUGGUCAAUGGCUCAAUGAUGAGAUUAUCAAUUUUUAUAUGAAUCUCCUGGUUGAGAGAAAUGAAAAUCAAGGCUACCCAGCUCUUCACGUGUUUAGCACUUUUUUCUACCCCAAACUAAAGCAUGGCGGCUACAGUUCUGUUAAAAGAUGGACUCGAGGAAUGGAUCUUUUUGAAAAAGAAAUUGUUCUAGUGCCUAUUCACCGGAAGGUCCAUUGGAGUCUGAUUGUAAUCGACCUAAGAAAACAGAGUAUUGUAUACCUCGAUUCAAUGGGACAGACAGGGCAGAAUAUUUGUGAGACCAUCUUCCAGUAUUUACAAAAUGAGAGCAAAACUCGAAGGAGCAUAGAGCUGGACCCUUUGGAGUGGAAGCAAUACAGUGUGACAUCAGAAGAGAUCCCACGGCAGCUGAAUGGGAGCGACUGCGGAAUGUUUACUUGUAAAUAUGCAGAUUACAUUUCUAGAGACCAGCCUGUAACCUUUUCUCAGCAGCACAUGCCCAUCUUUAGGAAGAGGAUGGUGUGGGAAAUUCUGCAUAGUCACUUACUGUAACAACAUCCACCUGGUUGCUUGGCACCCCUGCACUUUUCCAUCAGUGUUUCUAUAUACCUCAAGCAAGAUGGUUGAGAAUGGUUAAAACAGAUACUAGCUGUCUGCCAUGGAUAAAGCUCACUCUCUUCAGUGUAGUCCUAACUUGGGGAGUCCCGCCCAGUGCCGUCUGCGGGAUGCAUGUAACUACUACAAGCUACACGAGAACACAUCUUCAAAAAAUAUCGUUUUAAUGCUGGAUUUAGUUUAUGAAUCUCGUUAUGAACCCUUCUUGCCCCACCUCCAUGAUUCUUUGUUUUCAUUAACUUGUUUGCAAACCGUGGCAGUUGCCAUUUCCCAGUAUUCUGUCAUUACCAAUUCUAUUCCUUGUUUGAACUGUUUAUUCCUGAAAGGUAGACCAAUGACAAUGUCAUUCCCUGCAGAAGAUCAGGAGGGACAUCAGCAGGAAGAGGAAGUGAUGAGCAUCUCUAAUGCUGGAGCUGGAGCUGUGAAAUUGAAGCCGGGGUGUGUGUGAGUGUGUGUGUGUGUGUGUGUGUGUGUGUGUGUGUGUGUGUGUGUGUGUGUGUGUGUGUGUGUGUGUGUGUGUGUGUGUGUGUGAGUGUGUGUGUUAUGUAUUUCUUAAAGCUUGAAAAUAGCACAAGAAAGGAAAGUGAGUUACAUGGACUGAUGUUUUUAUGACCCAUCUUACUCUACGGGACUUGUAUAGAAGGUUGAACUGUGGCCAAGCUACUGAUUGCCUGUCCAGGACUGUUAAGAAAACCGUCGUGGUUAUUUAAAGACACAUUCUUUCCCUGAAUUCAGGAGGCUUUUCUUUGUUUUGGAAGUUGAUUAACUGUAAUGGUAAAUAUCCAUUUUUA